UCUCGUAUUAUGGAACAAUUGCACACCGCACUGACAGCAAUAAAAGUAUUGCGAUCAAGUGUCGGACAAGUUUUUGAUUGCCUUGGUAAUGGACUGAGAGCUGAUCAUGGAGAAGAGAAUAAAGAGGCUAAAUAUGUACAAGAGCUCCAGGAGCUCUUGACUGCGGUCAAUGUUAAUUUACGUACUCUAAAUCCACCACCAGGACCAUUUAACUUAGCAAGUACCACAUUCUUGAGUCAAGAAACGACACAAGGUAGACAAGCAUUGUAUGGAACUCUGGUUAACAGUUACAAAUGGACAGAUAGAGUUCAUGAGUACAGUCAUAUCGCGCAAUCACUGUUGGGUACUAAUUCCCUCAAAAGAUCUUACAUAAGUACCAGCAGGGCCAAGAGAGGACGAAUGCAAAUUAGUUCUCACAAUGUGCCACCUCAACAAGUUGACGCGCUAAUAGCGGCUCUAGAUCGCGUGCACAGCGAGAUGACUGUAACUGUAACUCGGCCUUACGCUUCAAAUGCUAUUUUGCAUGUCACCCUGGGCCAGGUCCUGAAAGGCGCAAUAGCAUUUAAAGGUCUGAUGAUCGAGUGGGUGAUCGUAAAAGGAUACGGCGAGCCUAUGGAUCUCUGGACGGAAUCCAGGUACAAAGUUUUCAAAAAACUCACUGAAAAUGCACAUGCUGCUAUGCUGCAUUUUCACUCGCCAGCACUUCCGGAGCUUUCUGUUAGAUCUUUUAUGACCUGGUUCGGAAGUUUAAAUAAUUUAUUCAGCGAUCCUUGUAAAAGGUGCGGAUUACACUUACAUAAUGCGUUACCACCCACGUGGAGAGAUUUUAGGACACUUGAGCCGUAUCAUCAAGAAUGUAAACCUUGA